CAUUCAAAAUGGCCGACACAGAGUGCAACUGAAAAAUUUUUGGCUGUAAUAUUUUGCUGCCUUUAGAGAACUCAUACCUUGUAGCUGACUUGUAAUAACCAGUUGUUUAUGAUGGUUUCUGCAAUUAUUUCACGUGUAGUGAUAUUAGUAUUUGGUACCCUUUACCCUGCAUAUGCUUCAUACAAAGCAGUCAAAACAAAGAACGUCAGAGAAUAUGUUAAAUGGAUGAUGUACUGGAUAGUGUUUGCCUUGUUCACAUGUGCAGAGACAUUUGCAGAUAUAUUUUUGUCUUGGGUUCCAUUCUAUUAUGAGGCGAAAAUUGUAUUUGUCCUGUGGCUUUUGUCACCUGCCACCAAAGGCUCAAGUAUAUUGUAUAGGAAGUUUGUGCAUCCUCAGCUGACAAAGCGUGAACAAAAAAUAGAUGCUUAUAUCCAGCAGGCCAGUGACAAAGGUUACAGUGCCAUUCUCACAGUAGGCUCAAAGGGACUCUCCUAUGCAAGCAAUGUUGUGGUGCAGACAGCCCUCAAGGGCCAUGGAGCAGUAUUAGAUCACCUCAAGAAGAGCUAUAGCAUGAGUGACUUGUCUGUAGAAGGCAGCAGCACUGCUGUAGGGCCCAACGUGCCCCCUGUGAUACCUGAUAAUGAGGACGAGUUAGAUAACCUAGAUAAUCGCCUUAUUGAAGAGAGAGAAGAGGCUAACAGGAGACUGAGAGAGGGUAGGAAAGAGAAUGAAAUGCUUCAGCAGAAAGGGAAUGCCGGUGCAGGCCAAGAUGAUGUUAUCACCACACGCGACACACAACUCAGAUCAAGGACUUCCAAGUAUUCCCACAAAGAGGCUGCUCAUUACGGAACCCUGCCUCGCACUCGAGCAUCUCGGCGCACAGCAACAACAUCAUCAUCAUACUCAAACUGGAGCUAGUUGUCUACAUUGUGGCAAGUGGCUGGUUCUGGUGACAAUUCUGUUGCAAUGCCAAGCCUGAUCAGCUGGAAUACCAUGUCCUACCUACAUUGCCUCUCUGGAGCAUUGCAGACGCUCUGGAAAGCUUAAUGAAAAGGCCACCCAUAAAAUAUAUUAACCUUAUUAUAAAGAACACUGCUGCAGAUAAAAAGAAACAAGCCAGAAGAACAGCAGAACCUGAUGACAUUCUUGCUGCAGUUCAACCAAAUCAGUAACAUGUGCAAUUUUACAGGACUGCAUGUCUUGCUAGGUGUAGUCCAUAAUGGAGAGAGAUGAUUAGAUGAUUGCAAAUGGAAAACUCAGUUUCUGAAUUACCCCUUCCCAACUGAAGAUUUGUUUACCCAGUUGUUAGCUUUUAAUUGACAAACAGAUCUUGUUGUCAGAUAAGGAUAUACCUGACUGUUUUAUAUCUACAACACACAGAUAGGGUAGUAUCGAAAGACGGAAAAUGAUGGGCAAUGCUAGUAAACUAAUAUUGGGUACUGUU